UUUCCAGGCAACCAAAAUCGUCUCUCUAAUGCACACGCAAUCGUUUGAGUGCGUGACUUGUCACUUUCUCCGGAAUCAAAGUUAGAUUCCAAGUCUCUGCACUAUACCCGUUUUUAUUUUUCCCGGCAUUUUCCCGGAAAUCUACCCCUUCCCCCGCCCGCCGUCAACCGACUGAAACCCUAGCCCGUCGUUUCGACUAAGAAAAUCCUAGAUUCAGACGUCCAAUCUUCCAUUUCAUCUGAAAACAUGGAGAUCUCCGUCCUGGCUAACACCCUAGCUGUAGCAGCGACGCAGGGUCUAGGUCUGUCCCAUCUGCUUCGUCGCAAUUGCUUCGGCUCCAGCACCUUCCUCUCCCUGUCUGACUCUUACUCCGACCAACCUUCCUCCGCCAGCGUUCUCCAAAUAUCAGCGGCUAUUUUCCCGGUGGACGCUGUUGCGCCUCCGCCGGUGAGACCGAACCGGUACAGAGUCUCUCGGCGGACGCUCAUUCGAAAAAAUAGGCGUACGAGACGGAGAUCGUUUUAUGAGGGCGGUGGCGAAGAGGAAGGAUUUUACGGCGAUGGCUGCGAUGGCGGCGAUGGUCCGUUUGGCAGCGGCGCCGGUGGUGGCGGGGGAUGGAAUUUCGGUGGAUUUGGAGGGUCGAAUUGGGAUGAAUCGUCGUCUUCCUCUUCGUCUGAUCCCGCAGGACCCGCACUCGAUUUCCUAUACGAGGUGAUCUCUUGGAUCGCGCUCUCUAAUUGCGUGCAUUUUGCGUUCAAGAAGGUUGGUCGGAUCGUAGCGGAUGGUAUUGGUGAUGAUUCGAGGGAGAAGCUCCCGAUGAGAUUGACAGCAGUGUGCUAAUUUGGUACUGCUUAUCUCAAACCCUCAAUCAACGCAUUUCAGAAUAGAGGAUAUUGUGAUUAUUGCAAUCCUGAAUUGGGGUUUCUGAAAUCUUUUCCCUAACAUGUCAAUGUAUAUAUACUCUGUGUGUGUGUGUGUGUGUAUUUCAUUUUUCAGCUUUAAUACAAUUUAUUCCUGUAAAUGCAGUACUUCAGUUAAUUCAUGGGUUGGGUAUUAAUUUA